AUGGACAUAUAUGUCCAGAUCACGGGUCUGGACUCGGGAAAAACGCGCGGAGUCAAGGCGCUGCUCGAUAGCGGCUGCAGUACCUGCUGCAUCAAUACUGAUUAUGCACGGGCAGAGAAACUGGACAAUCAAGAACUUUCACAACCCAUCGUGGCUUGUAACGCCAACAACACCGAGAACAUCAGUGGUCGGAUCAUGCAUUACGUCAACUUGAGGAUGAGAAUCAGCCCUCAUGUGGAGACAUGCACGUUCCUUCUGAUGUGCCUGGGAAAAGCUCAAAUCUUCAUCGGCCUUGAUUGGCUGACGGAACACAACCCCAAGGUGGAUUGGCAGGAGCAGACAAUGAGAUUCAGCCGAUGCCCAGAGCGGUGUCACAUGAGAGGUCACAAGGAGCAUCAAGCGAUGAUCGACAUGGAUGCAAUCGACCUGGACACGGGCGCACCGGAUCUGGAAGAGGGAGAAUUGAUCCUGUUGGUCGACUUUGGGAAGGAAGCGGAUCUACGACUGAAGGAAACACCGGCACAGAAAUUUGCAGAAGAAGCGGAAAAGGAGAAGGAGAGAAUGACCAAGGGGAAGAUUCCAGAUCAAUACCGGGAAUUUGUCAAAGUAUUUGCCAAGGAAUUGUUCGACUCACUGCCGGAUCAACGAGCAUGGGACCAUGCAAUUGAGCUCAAACCGGGUUCCAAAGUAGUGGACUGCAAGGUGUACCCAUUAUCGCAAAAUGAGCAGGUCAAACUGGACGAGUUCCUACAAGAAAACCUGGGCAGUGGGCAGAUCAGGCCAUCAAAAUGA